AUGAACGUUCGUGGGCAGCGGGGCCCGGUUUUUGAAGAUGACGACGGAGCGUCCUUGGCAACACAGGCGUUUCCGGGCAACUCAACACAGACUCCGAGGAAAGGGAGCUCGCUCCCUGAGCGAGGGAGCGGGGAAGACGUCCCGCCCGGCAGCGCGGAUAGCUUUGGAAGUUCAAGCUCGGCGCUUGCGCAGCUUGCAUCGGUUGCCACAGUGGCGGCUGCGGCGGCAGCGCAGCGCCAACGGUAUCCGUUCCCGAACUUCAUGCAAAACCUAUCACCGCCAACUUCGUUUAACUUGAAUGGGUCCGAUUUCAGUUUUCAGUUCCCUUUUACAGAUUUGCGCAGCUUGCCAACGACCACGGAACUACUGGGAUCGCCAACACUCCUGAUGCAGAAUAGUUCUGCUGGACUCGUUGAUGACGAAGAUCCACUGGUGAGGUUACUCCGUCAGGAGGGCUCCUUCGGAGGCAACCAAGUUGCCGAGCGACCCGCCAGCGCCACAAAACGACCACGCCCUCACACUCCACUGGACAAUGCGAUUGAUGCGAGAGUGGUUUCGGAUGUCGGAUCCGAACAUGAUCCAGCUGGACCCGCGAUGGGUCGUCUCCCCACAAGACCAUUGAUGUCAGAGACUAAAACGGAGGCACCAGUGGCGAACGAGGCAGCCUCCAGCUUUUUAUCGCCCAGCCCUCUGAAGCGAAUAGAGCCAAGUCCAUGGUCAGCGUCAGACUCGGCACGAACGUGUGGCGCCCCGGAAGCUGUUACCGCUGCUGACGCCCUGGAUAGCAGGAAGAGAUUUGAAAGCGAGCCGGCCGAGCAGUUGCAAGCUACGUCAAAUGACCGAGUACCCGAUGGCCUACGCGCGGAACGAAACCGCCAGGCUGCAGCCGCUUCCCGUGAACGUCGCCGAGCCAUGGUGAACGAUCUGGAAGCGCGCAAUCGCGUUCUAAGCGAGCAGAAUGCCCAGGCCCAAAUCGAGGUCCUUACGUUGAAACGCGAAAUGUCUGAACUCAUCCGACAUUUUAAGGCACAGCUGGAGCGCCAGGAGCGAGAAAAGGCACAGUUAAUGGCGCUGAUACAAAAACUACAGGAGGAUAACGCGCAGUUGCGCAAAGUUGACGAAGAGACUGAGAAACUCAUGGGCCUUUCAAACGCUGAUGCGAUCGGUGCUGACGCGGUUUCAGAGAAACUCAAAAUCAAAUCAUCAAAGCCUGCUUCCAAGAGGCAGUGA